AUGAUGCUAAAUUCAGACCAGACGGAGAUUGACCUCCAGCCGACCCAUUCAGAGACAGAAUCAGUCUUCAGUGACUGUGGGGGCGGAGGGGGGCGUGGGGUUGGGGUGGAAGAGGCCGGCUCUCUUGGCCUUUGCAGCCAGUCCAGGGUAGUUGAGUCUGGCGACACUAUGAAAAAAGACCUUCAGCACCUGAGCCGGGAGGAGCGCCGCCGUCGCCGCCGUGCCACAGCCAAGUACCGGACGGCUCAUGCCACCAGGGAGCGGAUUCGGGUCGAGGCCUUCAACAUGGCUUUUGCCGAACUUCGCAAACUCCUGCCUACGCUUCCCCCAGAUAAGAAGCUCUCCAAGAUUGAGAUCCUACGGCUAGCGAUCUGCUACAUUUCGUACCUCAACCACGUGCUGGAUGUGUGA